AUGGCAGGACUAACUGUGUUACUAGUGCUGUGCUGGGUAGGGCUAGCUGUCGCCCAGGUCAAGUUUCCAGACAAAGCCAACACCACAAAUAUCGCCACCACCGUCCAGUCCAAACGACAGCAUGAUUCCUCACCAGGCCAGCACGACUCUCCUCCAUCCCAGCCCUUAACACCCCCACACCCCGGACAAACAAGAUUUGCUCCUGGACUGCUAGAGAGUCUGGACUUUCUGGGACUCUUCACUGAGGAGGCAUGCAAGCAGUGUUCUGUGUCUGACCAGCACCUCAAUCGCAGGUGCUGUCAGUCCACUCGUUCCUGCUGCGCCUUCAUCCUCCCAGCUGGGCAAACUGGUUCCUUUGGUCUGGGUGUUCAGACAUUCCCAGGACAAUUUCAGGGACAGUUCCCAGGACCAUUCUCAGGACAAUUCCCGGGGCAAUUCCCGGGGCAAUUCCCGGGUCAAUUUCAAGGACAAUUCCCGGGACAGCUCAUCGGUGCAGCGGGUUCGCCAGGGCUGCCUGAAGCGGUGCAAGGAAAAUCAGGCUCUUGUCCUCUCCUGGCUGGAGUUCACACCGGCUUUACCAGGUUCGGGGGUGCCUCUUGUGUCGCUGAAUGUCAGAGUGAUUUCCACUGUCCCGGCCUGUUCAAGUGCUGCCUUGUGGGAUGUUCUGCCGUUUGUCGCACCCCUCAAGUAAAUCAUCCGACGACAAAGCUAGGUUUGUGCCCUCACCAAGGCUCUUUAGGCUUCCCAGGCCUCCGGUCAGAAGCUGCUGGGUCCUCACAACCCCUAGAAGACCACGCAACCAUCUCCACAGAAACACAGGCACACGUCACCCAACAAAAAGAUGACAAAGGUACCAGAGGUAGUAAAUCGCUUUCAGGAGAUGAAAUUCAUGGACGUUUCACUCGAUCAGCGAACCCCAGGGAUCAGGAUAUUAACCACGAAACACUCCUGAACAAAUGGCAGCGGACCCGAGACCGGUCUAACCGGUCAACCAGCCAGACAGAUCAAGAUGAUUUACCCGAGACUAGCCCAAGCCAACCAGAAGGAACCAAAAGCCGAUAUAUAAGAUCACCAAACCGUGAAGACAAUGAUGCCCGUCAAGAUACACGGUUUAACCGAUGGGAACGAACCCGCGGUCGCCCUAACAGAUCAGUAAACCAGACAGAUCAAGAUGAUUUACCAGAGAUUAGCCGAAGCCGACAAGAAGGAACCAAAAACCGACAUAAACGAUCACCAAACCGUGGCGACAAUCAUUCUCGUCAAGAGACACGGUUUAACCGUUGGGAGCGAACCCGAGGCCGGCCUAACAGGUCAAUUAAUGAGGAGAAUCAGGAAGAGUGGCUGAAGAAGACUCUGUUAGAUGUUCGUGCAGUUGAGGAAGGCGUGAGCGAGGCAACAACCAGACGUCGUGCUCGUCAGACACAACCAGACCACAGAUUUUUCUUCGGUGAUCCUUUCUGUCGUGACGAGUGCUUCAGUGACUUCGAUUGUCCUACGAACCUCAAAUGUUGUUUCAAGGACAAAAAUUGCCGUCUUUGCGUCAGACCUAUAUUCAAUUAA